AAAACAGAGGGAAGAUCAUUGCGGUUGGGUUCCCUAAGCCCCCACCACUAGAUUCAAUCAUCAUCCUAACAAGAGAAAAAGAAACAGAGAUAAGGAAAAGAGAAGAGAGAGAAAAGUAGAGAAGAUAAUGGAAAGAAAGAGAGAGAACCAAUCUCACCUCUUGUUUUCUUUUAUCCUUUUCCUUUAUUAGUGUCUACCCAGAUCCAAUUCAAACCAAGUUAACACUCUCCACAAACCCAAAUCAAAACCAUCAUCACAAACACAUUUUGCGAUUUCGAAUUGGUUUUCUUUUUUUACGAUUUCGUUUGAAAUCCUGAGAAAAUCUCAGAACCCUAAUCAGGAAAUGGCGAGCAGAGGCAGCAGAUCAGAGAAAGUGAAGAGAAUCUUCCAACAAUUCGACUCCGACAAAGACGGUGGCCUCAAUAGGGAAGAAAUGUCUGCCCUCGUCGUCGCUGUAAACCCUAGGGUCAAGUUCAGCGACGAACAAAUCAAUGCCAUUCUUGACGAAGUCUUCAAGACCUACAGUGAAUUCAUCAAUGGCGACAAGGGUCUCACUUUCGACGGCCUUUUACGGACCUACGACGACGGCGCCGGCGACGUGGACCGUGAUUUCGACGCACUCGGCCUCGACCUCGAUCUCACGCCGGACUUUGCCGACGGUGGGGUCACGGCAGCCCUCGAAGAACCCUCGUCGUCUUCAAUGGCGGAGCCGAAGAAGAAGCAGAGGGCUGUGGCGUCUCCGAAUCAAGGAAUUGUGUUCGACGAUACGUGGAAAAUCGUCGACGAUUUGGAGAUUUUGAUAAAGAGGUUGAAGAUGAAGCAAUCUAAGGAUGGGAAAUCGAAAGGGGACAACAAUUCUGAUGUGUAUUCGGAUGCUGGGUGGUCGAGAGAAUUGGGGAUUGCUUCAGAUAUUUCAGAGAAAAGGGUUUUCUGGGAAGAGUCUGGACAUGAUUAUGCUGUGUUUGUGAAAGAAUUGGGUACUUUGAGAUCUAGGGCUGAUGGAGCAAGAUCAAGAGAAGAGGCUUUUGAUGGGCACAUGGCAAUUGCUAAGGUUUUAUAUGAGAAUCAGUUGUAUAAAGAGGCUUUGGUGAGUUUCAAGAGAGCUUGUGAGCUUCAACCCACUGAUGUGAGGCCACAUUUUAGGGCUGGGAAUUGUUUGUAUGUUCUUGGGAAUCACAGUGAGGCAAAAGAAGAGUUUCUUUUGGCGUUAGAGGCCGCGGAGAGUGGUGGAAACCAGUGGUCUUAUUUGUUUCCCCAAAUUCAUGUCAAUUUGGGAAUUGCACUUGAAGGUGAAGGUAUGGUUAUUAGUGCUUGUGAGCAUUAUAGAGAGGCUGCAAUUCUUUGUCCAACUCAUUUUAGAGCUUUGAAACUAUUGGGUAGUGCUCUUUUUGGAGUAGGUGAAUAUAAGGCAGCUGUGAAAGCCUUAGAAGAGGCUAUUUUCUUGAAAAAUGAUUAUGCUGAUGCCCAUUGCGACUUAGCUUCGGCUUUACAUGCCAUGGGUGAUGAUGAUAAUGCAGUUAAGGAGUUUCAGAAAGCUAUUGAUUUGAAGCCUGGUCACGUGGAUGCUUUGUACAAUUUGGGUGGGCUUUAUAUGGAUAUGGGUAGGUAUCAGAGAGCUUCAGAGAUGUAUACUAGGGUUUUGGGGGUGUGGCCGAAUCAUUGGCGUGCGCAGCUCAACAAGGCUGUGUCACUCUUGGGGGCUGGGGAAAGUGAAGAAGCUAAGAAAGCUUUGAAGGAAGCAUUGAAAAUGACAAACAGGGUUGAGUUGCACGAUGCUAUAGCGCAUUUGAAGCAGAUACAGAAGAAGAGGUUGAGAAGGAAUGGAGGUGCCAAUGGUGAUGAGGCAUUUAUCAUUGUAGAACCCUCAAAAUUUAAGACGAAUGGCGAGAGGACAACACCAAGGCAGGAGUUAGCCAAUGCUCUUGAUGUUAGAGCUUUUCAGAGGAUCACAAGGUUGAUUCGCUGUGACGUUGAAAUUUUAAGGAAGGAGAUGACUGAAAAUGAUGCACCGGUGUCUUAUUCGGUUAGUGGUAUCCCUGAGAAGUCCAUACGCAAGGCUUCAUUGGAGGGAAUCCUUUACCGGUUGCUUAAUUUCUUGAAACCAGAAACUUUUGUUGGAGCUGUUAAAGCUAUAAACCAGAAAGUCCUCUCUGUUCUUGAUGAAUCAGAGUCGGGCAAAGUGGAUUUGGGCAUGUUUUUUGCUGUUCUUGCACCAAUUUGCAGUGGUUUUCCUCAAAUGCGAAAAAGGGCAGCAUUUGAUGCACUCUUGUGGCGGCCUGUGAAUGAAGAAGGUUCCACUCUGAUCAAAAAAACCGAUGCAACGCAGUACAUCAAAUUGUUACGAGCCAUCUACAUCCCAACUCAUGGCAUGAGUGAAAUUGUGGAAAUCCAUGGUGAAACAGAUAAUGCCUCAAUGGUGUCUUUUACGGAAUUCCUUGAGAUGUUUGACAAUCCAGACCGGGGUUUUGGUAUCAUGUCUAGAUUAUUGAAGCUUGAAGCUGGGGAUAGAAAUCGCCAUGGUAGUCAUGUUUGUACAGUUUGUCGCUACCCUGUGAUUGGGUCCCGCUUCAAGGAGAUGAAAUGUUAUUUCAGUCUCUGUAGUCAAUGCUACAGCGAAGGAAAGGUGCCUCCUACCUUCAAUCAGGAAGAGUAUACAUUCAAAGAGUAUGACAAUGAGGCAGAAGCAAUGAAAGAUAAGUGUAGGUGGUUCACUUUGCACAGUAAGAGUUCAUCCAUAGCAACCCCAAGCUAGUUGUGUUUGAAUGUGUUCUUGUGAUGUUUUCCACAUAUAAAUUUAGUUGUUCAGUGUGAAUUAAAUAUAUAUAGAGCCAUUAAUGUGUUUAGUGGGCUUUUGUGCCCUUGCAUGAUAAACCCCUUUUAAGUGGUGAUGCUAAAUUCAUAGUUCCCUAACAACUUCUGUAGAAAUCUUUUGUGGGUUCUCAUUGUUCUUUCUGUUGUUUUUCAACAGUAAAUAGAUUUAUGGUAUGUUUUUGUUCUCAGAUCUUUCUGCAGAGUUUAUAUAAAUUGUGGGUUCUCAAAUUUC